AUGGCGAAGAACGCUCCUCUUGGCCUUGCAGGCCUGAUUCUUAUGGCAGUUUCACUGCUCUUCCUCUGGUUCAUCGUGCUGUCAGGACUGACCUCGACCACACCAUUUGACAAGACGUAUUUCCUCCGCGCCGACACGAGCGGUAUCUCGGGAGCUCGCGACACCACCCAAUGGAACUUUUUCUACAUCUGCGGCGCUGGUAACAAUAACUGCGAUGGCGCUCGUGCUGCUCCUGUCAUCGGUCGCGCUUGGGACUCCAAUCCUAGCAACGCUCCCAGCUCGCUCGUCGGUGGCCGCGCUGGUGACACUACCUCCAACAGACAGUUUUUCCUCUGGCGAUUUGGUUGGGUCUUCAUCCUUAUCACUCUGUUCUUCGAGACUAUUGCCUUUUUCACUGGCUUCAUUGCAUGCUGCGGUCGUCUCGGUGCUGGCAUUUCUGGCUUCAUGUCCAUGUUUGCCUUGUUCUGCUCCUCCGUCGCCAUGUCCCUCAUGACUGCUACUUGGGUUUUGGCUCGUAACGCCUUUAGAAGCAGUGGUCGCUCGGCAUCUAUUGGUCGCUACGCUUUCGGUUUUGCCUGGGCAUCUUGGGCUACUCUAUUCAUCGCCACUAUUCUCUUCUGCCUCGGUAUGCGCGGCGACAAGAGUGCCAGCAGUGGUUACAGCGGUCGCUCGUGGCGCCGCAGACGCAGCGUUCGCAGCUCCAACGGUUACGAGGGACGUCGUGUCAAGGAUGACUACUCUUAA